GCAUUUGCUAAGCUCGUAGUUUAUUUUCUUAUUUCCGCGUUCGACCAAGGUCUUCUUUCUUGACCAAGAAUAGCGAACCGUCGUCAGCUAUACCGACAAGCUGAGAGACAGCGGUGCGGCUUUUCGUCUUCUUCCGCAAGCACUUGGAAAGUACUUACCCAUUGAAAGGAGUCUUGGGCCCAUUGAUAACGUAACUGACCUUGCGGAUGUUUUAGCGUUUGACAGACAAUCUUCAAGCAUGAGGCCUGACUGCUACCUCCUCUGCCCUCUGAUCGCAUCUUCCAUUGGCUUCUGUGGUACCCACAACUGAAAACGCAAAGAAGCGCACUUUCAUCUGCUGAAGAAGGGUCUACUGAGCCAGGAUGACUUGGGAAGGUGUGGUUACGCUUCGCAAGAAGAAGAAAGGCGACUAACCCAGACGACAAGGAGAGGCCCGUGUGGUGACGCUAUGAAGCAGGAGUCCUGCGAGGGCGAUGUCCUGCUCAGGCCUAAAUCGUGUUCGUCGUCAUCCACUCCAGAGAGCGACCUGUGUCGAGAUGAUACCGAUGAUAAUGGCUACUAUGACUUUCCCAUGGACUUGCGUAAGAAGUCGCCUAAAAGCCCUGACUACCACUCAGGCGAGGAGGAAUGUGAAGAAGGGGAGACUAUGACUGCAGUGCGGCGACGCCCUAUUCACCCGGUGGCGCUCAAUCAUGCCUGGCAAAAGAUACUGCUGAACGCUUUGCCGACACCUGCCGUCGCUGCGGCUUUCCAACAUGGCGUCAGAAGGCAUUCGGAACUCAGCGCACGCCUCAUGGAUGUCGGUGAACAGAAUUCAACGACAAAUAUUAUGACAAGAGUAAGCGAUGACCCUGGCUCAGCGGACAAACCGUGUCAAGAUAACAAGGAAAAUCACUGCGCUUGCGCGUGCCGUGGCCGAAACGAAGGAAGCCCCGGGAACGAUUUGUUGGACUUGAGGAAAGAGGAAACCAGACCUGAGUCACAAACACGUAGUCCUCUCAUGAGUGGCCCGUACCGCACAGACAAGGACUCUAACCCUACACUCAUCCGAUUUCUCGAGUCGCGUGCACUAUCAGCUCAGCAGCAAAGGCACGAGAAUGAUACUCCCGAGGAUUUAUCAUCAAACAAGUCGUCCAUUCCUGAAACCGAGAGCAAUGACAAGCACAACCACUACCAAGACCAGGCAGUCAAGAGGGCAGCUAGCUGCUCAAAGCUCUUCGAGAUCACCAGUGAGAGCCUCGUAGAGCGACUGAUGCGAGCACGCUGCAAGUCUGAUAGCGAAAUACAGAACCGCCUCAACAGUGGCGCUAUUAAACCUGCCAGCAACGAGGAACUUUCGAUGUCCUCUCCGCCGCCCCGGGAUCAGCGAUCACCAUCUCUGACGCUGAAAAGAAGGAUACUAGGCGGAAUAACAACUCCGGAACGAGGUUCCACAAAAGAUGAAGACGAGGCUGACUACAAGCAACCACGAGUUCGCAUCGAAACCAUCUCGAAACCGGGCUCACGACCCUGUUCCCCAAUCUGCGACCCCAGGGCGCCGCAAGAGACACUGUUGCAGCAGCUGCGACAUUUGGCGCCCGCCGCACUUCCUUUAAGCAUAUACGCUUACUACACCCAGAUUAUGCAACGGCUACACGAGCACGAGCUCCUGAAGCGGCACCUCGAGGGAAUAGCUGCGUCCGGUGUGAUGCCAAAUCCACUUCUGGCGCCGGUGACGUUGACCUCCUCCGUGACGCCUGGGCUGGAACCACUCGAGGAGCAAGACGAACUAGGAGCUGCAGCUGGGAACCAUCUGGAGUCGUACAACUGCGGGAUGCGCAAAAGGGCCCCGCGUGCGCUUACGGGCAAGCACGUCAAGCACGGCACCGGGGCUAGUCCAUCGACACUACUAACGUUAAGGCAGAAGAUCCAAGAACGCCAACGAGCGCGUCAAUUGGGUCUGCUCGAACCUGCGGUACGCACACUCAAGGGAACAAGGAAGAACUUCGGCAAAGGUUCCUCUAACGGAAAAAAACAAGCCGUGAAGAAGUGAAUACCACAUAGCGUACGUUUCACAAAACACGAACAUCGUAGAUGACAAGGUAGACUACGCUAGCAGGCAAACAAAAAAAAAAGACAUCCUAAGACGAACGUUAGACACAAAAGUUGUCGAUGUUUUCAGGCGCCCCACUGGUUGACCAAGGCGAACAAACAAUGUCUUUUAUGCUUCUUAAUGAAAGUUUCCUUCCCUUUUUUUCAACCAUGUGGCCCCGCUGAGCGCGAUGACACCAAGGUUAAUACCGAAUGAUUAUCUGAACAAGACCUUUCAGAGUUCAGCAUUUGCCAGCGCGGUUCUCAAGCACAGUACUAUUACUCCAGGUGGCCUUCUAGGCAAAUCUGCUUUUGCGCUUCUGCCACUUAAUUUCACAUGACGCUGUAAGCUCUUAAACAUUGGUGUUACAUUCAGUGCAUCACGCAACCAAAGAUACGGGUGAAUUCGGUAUGCUUGCACAUAAGAUAGAACAAUGCAUACAACAUAAUCAGGAACUAUGUCAAACGUAGUAUGGCUAUGGAAAAUGUCAGCAACAAAUUACUGAUGCAUAUUUGGUCAAUACAAUUUAAGGCAUAGUUCGCUCAUCGAUUGAGCUGUUCAGAAAGUGCGCGUCAUUGACGUAAAGUAGCUCUAUUGUUUGAGUAGCGUUUCUUGCCCUGAUUGUUGAAUGAAUGUUUUAACUACUGAUUGGCGCAACAAUUUAUUUAAGCAGUGUACAUUUUUGUAGCGCGAGUAUCGCCUGGUAAUCAGAACAGCCACAAUUUUAUCUUUGAAUGCAGCAAAUUGGGCUUGAAGGAACAUACUCAUGAUGGUCAGCCCAGACAAGUCACAAAACACAAGAAAGUAGUGUCGUAGUUUCGUGUCUUGUGUGCAGUGACUGUCAUGAGCAUCUUUCAAUUUUUUCGUGAUAUUCGAAUAACAAAUGAUGCCAUGCUAACUAACAACAGGCCUAUAGGAAAAUGCACCCGGUCCUUUUCACAAGAUGUCUUCACUCUCCUGGUGAAGUUCACAGCAGUAAGGACUUCAAGCGACAUUUUUAUACGCAACGUGUUUUGGCUUGUUACAAACAUUUGCUCAACCCGUUCAUCCCAAGGAGCAAAAGCUUUAUUUUAUUAAUAACCGUCUCGUGAGCUACCUGAGCAAAUGUAAAAUGCUAAAACUAUCGUCGGAGAGUCUGAUGAAGCGCACAGUAGGGCCUUUAUGGCUUGUGAUCAGCUUACCACUUAUAUGAAGCUUGUAUCAAAAUCACGACUUCGCACCAUUAAUUGAACAUGGUGUCUUCUUUGCCCCAAAAUGAGCAAUGCCUUGUUCUGCGUAAAUUGACAAGCACAGGCGUAUAUAUUGGCAUAUAUGCAGGCACACGCAUGGUAUAUAUCGCCGUGCACCACGCCUCUCGCAUGUACAGCGGCGGUGGAAAGAAACGCGAACACAGCAGCUUCUAUAUGCUCUGCAGCUUUUCAUUGCUAUUCAAGCGGUUGUAGCCUGGAUGGUAACAAAAAGCCACUAGGGCCAUUCAUGGUACAACUAAGAAUCGUUCUAGCACCUUUUUGUUGCCACCAAGGUCAGAGCGUGAUGAAAACAGCGCGCAGCGCUGUUCGAAUUUCUUUGUAAUUCCCAUGUACAUGUCCUUUCACACACGUUACCUUGACAUUCCAGAGCUGAGUCGAGAACUGCAUACACGGGGAGCGAAGGCUUCGCGUAUCACGGAACGUACACAUGCCAGCAAAAUUUAUAAAAAACGAGGCUUACAUGCGUCCCUCUAUGUUUGAUUCAAGCUUUCUUCGAUGACUUUUGUAUGAGAACACUUAUACAUGUACACUGCACAUUGUGUUUUACUUUCUAUGUUACUGUACUGCAACAUUCCAUUCAACCGUUUGUGUAUAAUCUCCUGCCUCAUUACCCAUACAUACCAUUUUUUCUCGUUACAAUUAUCAUUACACUGAUCGCUUGACAUCAAAUUUUCAUGCGCUGCAAGAGCGUCAAUCGGACAAUUAUUGGUACAUAAUGUAUUACGCCGCUCUUCAUUUGUGCACCUUGUAGUGUAGUACGCAAGUGGGCAUAUUUUUGUGGCGACAGGGCGACACACACAAAAUAAAAUUUAAAAAAAUCUGGCGUUUUAACGCUCUUAUUAGGCUGUUUUAAUGUGUGAAAAGGCACGGUUCUUUUCUUUUCAUGAGAAUUCGAUGUCAAGUCAAAUUUCGAUAGUACAGACAGUGUUUGUUACCAUUGCCGUGCUGGUGAAAGUAGCGCACUUCUGUCCAUAUCAUCGUCCUUGUGUACGAAGAAAAUACAAAAUAGCAUGCAACACAUUUUUCUGAAAACAUUUUUAAAUGAACGUUCACUAGGUGUAACCCUGUACAUUCGGCUGGAUUCCCUGGAAGAUAAAUUUACCGGCUAUGUAUUAAUUCAGUUCUUCAAGCAUCGUCAUUUUGAUGUUAUUUAAGGCAAAAAUGCUUGAUAAACGCCACACCAUACUUCCUCGAGCUAGACGCUGAAAGACAGCAGUUAACGCGUCGCAAGCAUUGGAUCUGAUAUUUCAUGCACGAAAAGUCUUUAAACAUAUCAUCGGAAAGUUGUUACUCUAGACUACUUGGCAUUCCAGUUUAUUUGGUGAAAGGGUUUACCUGCAGGCUGACACGAUAUGCACCAGAAUAAACCGCUAUCAUCAACACAAUCAUGACAAGAAGCAGUGUCGCUAUUGCUGAACAAGCACCUUUGACAAAAAUGCAAGAAAAUAUCCGAGAUUGUUUCAUAAUGUGGCGUAGGUUGCUUAAGGAUUGCUCUGAAAAUUUAAGAUGACGUAUUGGUUAUUUAUGCAAAUACAGCUGACUUAAAGACGCAAGCCUAAUAAGCACACUAACAGUACGGUAAUCUGCGACUAACAUUUAUUUUAAGGUGGCCACCUUAUCGUAGAAAAUAUGUUUUUCGAAGCCAUGUGACAAAAGCACUGAGAAUGCACUAUGAACUGAGGUUUGCGUGCAAAGAAAAUGUAAAACAAAAUUACGCGAACACCGUAGUCUGGCUUAGUAAUAACAUAAUCUAUAGUGUGGUACAUUAGAGCAAGCAAUCAGCAACAACACAAUGAGGCUAUACAUGCACUUAUAUUUUCUUCGAAGUUAUGCAAAUAACUAAGCAUCGCUAAGGAUAAACACAAUGCCAUGGCGUAUGUUGACCAUCGCAGAACUUUAGGUCUGAAAUCAAGUGAAGCUCGCCUGAUAAUCCUUUAUAAUGAGACCGUACUCUGCGUAAUUGAGGUAAAACAGUUCUAUUGAUUGAGUAGCGUUCUAUUGUUUGAGUAGUAACAACGUCAACAUUUUGACGUUGUUAAAUAGUGAAAGUGACACUGCUUCAGCUACACAUUCCUUACAACCUACUUUGAAGGUGGCAGAAAAACACUACUUAAAAUAAUAAAUGUUCAAUGAGGAAAGUAUGCUUACUUGCUGUUUUUCCAUAUGAUGGGAACGGGAGCCAUUAUGCUAUUUGUGUUGUGUUUACAGCUGCCGGCAGUGAAACAUCACUUGUGAAAGAAAAAUAUUUUUCUGCAAGUCUUUCUGUAAAUCUUCCUGUGUGUCAAAAGGCGUUCGUAUUUAUAUUGUACCUUCUGUAAUAAA